AUGCCUAUCAACCAACCGUCAAAUCAGAUUAAACUCACCAACGUUUCGUUGGUGCGCAUCAAGAAGGGCAAGAAGCGUUUCGAAAUCGCAUGCUACAAGAACAAGGUCCUGGAAUGGCGUAAUAAAAUCGAAAAGGAUCUCUCAAACGUCCUCCAGAUUGAAAAUGUCUUCCUCAACGUCAGCAAAGGACAGGCGGCACCGAAGGCCGACCUCGAUAAGGCGUUUGGCAAGAAACCCAUGGAAGAAAUCAUUCUCGAAAUCUUGGACCACGGCGAAUUGCAGGUUGGAGAGAAGGAGCGUGGCGCCGAACUCGAGCGUACAAAGAACGAAGUGAUCGAUAUCGUUGCAGGCAAGCUGGUCGACCCUAGAACAAAACGCGUCUACACCACAGGCAUGAUCGAGAAGGCGCUAGACCAGUUGAGCUCGCAAACGCAGGCGCAACAACAAGAACACAAGGCCGGAACGGAGACGCCAGAUGGUGAAGAAAAGGGAAAGGCUGCAGCGCUACCCAAGUGGAGUGGUAUUGUCACAACAAAGUCUGCCAAGUCACAAGCUCUUUUCGCAAUGAAGGCUCUUAUCGCGCACCAGCCGAUCCCUGUUGCGCGUAUGCAGAUGAAGCUGCGAGUCAGCUGCCCGACCUCGGUACUCAAGCAGGCCGUCAAGACGGCGCCAAAAGCCCUGGCAGAUGGUGAAGAGAAGACAGCCACUGGCACAGUCAAAGACACAAUAUUGGCAUUCAUGGAGAAGAUCGAGAGCCAAGACACGAUGGGUGCCGAGUGGGAGGCUGUCGGACUUGUUGAGCCAGGCGCGUUCAAGGGCCUCAAUGAGUUUAUCGAGAGCCAGACCAAGGGCCGUGGAAAUGUCGAAGUUAUGGAGAUGGCUGUUGGCGCCGACGAUUGA